GGAGUAAGACGAGUGUUUGCGGUUCUCACGAGGUGAUCCUUCGCCAUUUACCACACACAAACACCAUUUACAGCCUCUCCCCCCUCCCCCGAUUCGCCCCACCACACCUCCCGCGCCCUCACACGAUCAUAUGAUUACGCCGCUCAAAGGACGCGGUAAUCCACUAAUAUGAUCCGUGAUACAGCGCGCCAGCAGCUGCUUCUCUCCCCACACAUGUCGCGCCUCCGUCGGAUUCCCGUCCUUGCUCGCCCGCGCCUCCGUCAGACGAGCCUCCCUCCUGAACGCCGCCCCGUCAGUCAGUUUCAUCUGACGUGCGUCCGUAUCUGCGCAGCGCAUGCUUUUGGCCCGGGGAAAUGCUCAUGCAUAAAUAAUUACGUCUCUCCUUAACAGGUGCCAUCUCUAUUUUCUGAACAUUUUUUGUGGGAGGGCGUGGGCAGUUCUUUUCACUAAAGCAUCUUUUUCGAGAAGUGCUGUUAAUGCGAAAGGUUCCCUCUUUUCCAUGUCAAUCUUGCCGUCAGCGGAAACGGUUCCCUCUCGCGCGCGUCCUUGUCAAAGAACAAAUUUUGCUGCUGAACCCUUCUCUCUUCGAGGACGAUUUGUUUUACUCUGCCAUUUUUUCUCCUUUUGUUCUUUUGUCUCCCCUCACGCCCAGAUUGGCCAUUGCAAAAGUCUGCAAUCAACUGCUCCUGCUUUCUCUGAAAAACGUCCUCAAAAAUUGCUAUCCAUGUACUUAGAUUUAGGGCUCGACCCAUGUCUUUAUUUCGCUUUUGUGUUCCUCCUCCUCACGGCCGAUCUCCUUGCUCGUUGCAGGUGUGGUUCCAGAACCGGCGGGCCAAGUGGCGCCGCCAGGAGAAGAUGGAGCAGGCCCAGCUGCGUCUCCACGAGCAGUCCCUGGGCCUACUGCACCGGCCCGCAGGUCCCCCCGGCCCCCUCGACCACUUCUUCCCUCCGCUCCUCCCGGGCCUGCCGGGCCUGCAGGGCACCAUGCCCUCCAUCCACGGGGGCCUGCCCAACAUGGGCAGCACUGUGCCCCCGCUGCCCGGCUUCCUCGGCCACCCGCACGCCACCUACCCGUCCUACCUCACCCCGCCCACCUCCUCGUCCAUGGCCGUGGCCCCGCCGCCGGCGCCCUCCAUCCCCGUCUCCACCACCUCCGCAGCCUUCACAACGCCUCCCCUGCCCAUGUCUCCGCCCUUACCCACGUCCCUGCAGGAGCGCUCCUCCCCUCCUAUCGCGGGGCCCGAGGACGACCUUAGGUCCUCCUCCAUCGUGGCCCUCAGACUACGCGCCAAAGAGCACCUCGAGAGCCUCGUCAAGACCUCAACUCUCGUCUGAGUCGCGCUCAGGGUCAGGUGACGUGGCAUUGAGGUCACACUAUGCUGGGAAAAGGUUACGCAACGGAGAGCCUGUGCGUGCGUGGACAAGGUGACAAAACUGUGAAAACCUGGCAUAGAAUACCUGGUAUUCGACUCAAGAUGAAACUGGCAUAGACUUAAGCGUGUCUGGCAAAGCGGUGUUCAUAUGGUGAAAUCGAUGUUUAUUUAAGAAUGUACAAAAUUGUAGUAGUCAGAUGGUGAAAUUGAUCGUGAAGUAAGUGUAUAUAUGGUAGAUGAACAUAAUAUAAAAAGGCUACUCGUCUGGAACACCACGUACAAGUUGGUAACAGUUGAGCAGCAGCAAUAGUACCUACACAACGCAGGCAGCAUGAGGGCGUGCGGAUGAUACACAGAAAGGCUCUGAGGACGCCACUAGUCAUCAAAAACUAAAUAUCUUUACAUUUAUAGCGCACAGUCUGAACAAGGAAUGAGAAAAGGGUAAUCCAACGCGUUACACGAGAGACAGAUAUUGUGUAAAAACAGUUUAUUACCAUUAGAAAAUAAUGAUGUAGGGAACACUAACCCUGCAAUAGGCUAGAGAAAGACAGAGUGCUGGUGUCCUAGGCAGUUUGUUAAGCAGAAACUGUACGGUCAGUUCUUAGCAGUUUAAGCUUGUGUGUUACUCUUUUACGAUCUUCCCCUCUUCUGUUUCCGGACCAAAUCUCACACACGAAUCCGCACGGCACAGAAAAUCCCCGACCUCUUUGUUUUUUUUCGAACUGCGGUUAUUGAUUGGGCGAAGUCUCUCCGGGAAACCUCUUCGGGCGACCACAGGAACGAAGCAACGGAAGGCUGCGUCGAGGCUUCACAGGGCAAGGAAGCUCUCUCCCAAUUCGAGCGUCUGCUGCUUUGGAUCUUGCGGGACAGAAGUGCGAGAGAGGCGCAGAGCUCCAUCUACUUCAGGGACUCCUGCUUAGAGCCUGAUUCUCACGUGAUUCUCAAGUGCUCCUGCGAUUCUUAUCCAGUCUUUGGUUGAAAUAGGAUCCUGCGUGUGUCACGGAAACCUGAUGCAUUUGGCGUGCUGUGUUGUGAACUGGAAGGAUGUUGUUGAUCAAUAGCUAUAAAUUGCAUAGGAUAUAUGGGCAGAUUAACAGUGUAAUGUAUUGAUUUUUUCUUUCUUUUAUUUUUACAGAUGUUGGGUAGCUAAGAUAUGGAAAGCCAAUUUCAUUACCAUGAGUACUGUAUUUCAGCAAUGGUCUAGAAAUGUGAAUUGUAUUAUGUAUUAUAUGCAGAAUGAUUGGAGUAGCAAGAACCUACUGAUAAAGCGAAGAAAUGUGUACUAUUCUUUACACUAAUCCCGAUUUAUCCGAUAAUAUAGCAGCGAUUCCAAACACCAGAAGCUGUAUAGCAAAACAAUACGAGUCGUACAGUACAUCGCACGCAUGGUGUCCUUACUGUAUUGUGUCACACCAUCAGUUUUUAACUCUUUAGCCAACAAAGACGGAGAUGGCAAAGAAAGAAGAAAAAAAGAAGGAGAAUAAGUAGCAGGAGUAGGAGAGGGUGAAGAAGAAGAAGCAGAAGAAGAAAAGGAAGAGAGAACAUUCAUCAUGGUUCAAAAUAGGGAACGAAAAGGAAUAGCACUUUCCCACCGGCUGCAUAGAGGUCAGCAAGUCUCCAAUAGUCACCACGACGCCACCUUUCUUUUGGUCUGUUAUGUUGUCCUGUCCUUAGCUGCAGUUUAGGCGUGUACAGUGUAUAGCCCCGUAUAUUUGUCUACUGAAGUACCCUCAUCGACCUGCGCCCUUGCCCCUUCCCUCUCUGUCUCUGUUCCAAUGUGCUUUCUCUUCUUGACCA